CAUGCCCUUCUCUUAAAACUUUUGUAGUAAAGCGAUCCUAUAUAAGCCACCUUACAUGAGACGGUACCUUCCACACCGCUGUUACAAAUAUUUAUAUAAAUCAGCUAGAAAAUUGUAUUAAAAGUAUUGCAAAAACUUUACUGAAAAUAAAUUGGGAUCGAGAUGAACUUGUGAUUUGAGCUUGCAGAUUCUAACUUAAGAUAAGUUAGGCUGCAGGCUGGAUAAUUUUUAACAGCUAGAAAUCAGAAAGCUAAAAAAAAACUUCCAAAAAACUGAAUAUAUGUAGAUAGAUAACAAGCCAGUGAAAAAAUCAGAACGUCUCGAGUGCUCUAAAAUGUUAAACAUGGAGGUGGACGUUCACACGGAUUUCGCCACCCAUGAUCCCAAUGCGAAGGUGAAAUGCCAGAUUUGUUGGAAAUUUUUUAAAAAUCCACCCAGCUUAUACGCUCACAUGCGGAGGAUUCACAGCAACCGGGAGCGACCCAGUUGUCCCACGUGUCAUCGGGUUUUCUCCAGGUCGACCAAUGUGCGAGCACAUAUUAAAGCCGUUCAUAGCACGAGGGAACGACCUCGUGUUCCAUGUACUUUUCCCGGCUGUGGGAACACCUACCAAAAUAAGGGUGGUCUUGGGCAACACAUGAAAAUUGAACAUGCCGAGAACCCGAUCAGAUUUCCGUGCACACUUUGCAGGAAAUCAUUUAAAACUAAAGCGGAUUUUGAGAAGCACAUUUCCACCCAUACGACCGAGAAGCCGUUUGAGUGUACCAAAUGUGGGAGGAGUUUCGCCGUCAGGGCAAGCAUGAAAACUCAUGAGAUGACCCACUUAGAAAAAUCUGCCAGAGCCAUGUUACAAUGCCACAUAUGUACUCCGACUUUGUUAACUAGGCGUGCCCUAAAACACCACAUCCGACUUGUGCAUGAAAAUCGGAGAAAUUAUCCGUGCACAUUUUCGUCACGUGGCGGCGAGACACACCGCGAAGAAAGAGCUGACCCAUUCCUGCGACCAAUGCGGGUACAGGAGCCACUUGGAACACUAUUUAGCUCUGCACAGGAGAUGUCACAAUAUUGUGAAGAGGCACGAGUGUUACUUUUGCGGCAAGCGGUUUGCCAGGUUCUCAAAUUUGGUAACACACUGUAAUCGACUUCGUACUCUCGAGGAGUAAAGCCCAGUACUCAGGACGGAUUUUGUACGCGAAACGACAGGUUGUUAGCUGGUUGUUAAAUUACUACUCAACCGGAAUUUCCCUAUCAACUACACGAAAUGUGAGUGUUCCCACAAAUAAAUUGUAAAUUAUUA